UAAUUUGCAUUUUUUUUAGGUGGAAAAGGUGCAGAUGAAGCAGCAGAAAAUAGAAAUUAUCUGUCUCAAAGAAUGACAGACGAAAUAAAUGAAAUUAUUAGAGUCCUUCAAUUAACAACUUAUGAUGAGGAUGAAUGGGAAGCUGAUAAUUUAACAGCAAUGAAAAGAGCUCAGAAUGCCAUUACUGGAAAACUUCAAACAGCUCAUGAAUGGCUAGCAGAUCCUGUUGCUCUCACUGGUGGCAUUGGAGAAAAAUCAGUCCGACAAAUUUUAAAUUAUGCACAAAAAGUAGCAGAGAGAGCUCUUCCUCUAGAUAGGGAUACAUUAAAAAAAUUAUCUGAUGAUGUUAUUACUAUGACUAAUACUCUGUGUGAUUUAAGACAACAAGGAAAGGGAUCUUCCCCUCAAGCUCGAUCUCUUUCGCAAGCUGUCAGCCAGAAAUUAAAUGAUCUAAAUAAUGCUAUCAGUCAAGCCAUACUUAAUAUGGAUCGAAGUGGCAUUCAACAGCCAGCACAUACUAUGAUUGGAAGAGUUGAACAAGCUCAGCGUUGGCUGAAUACACCUGGUUAUGAUGAUAAAGGACUUGGUCUUCAAGCAAUAAAAUUAAUUGUAGAAGAAGGAAAACGAGUUGCUGAAAGUUGCAAUCCCCAUGAAAGAGCUGAAAUUUAUCAUCUCUGUAAUGAUGUGG